AUGAAUAGUCCACCAUUGAUUCAAGGUCCUCCUAAACAUCAGCCAUUUGAUCCCCGAGUGUUGGCACCUAAUUACGUUUCCUUUCCGCAGCAAAGAUCGACUGCCACGCACGAAUCUCGUCAGGAGGAAAACCUGGCAAGACCUACCAGUCCGAGUGUUUCCCAAUCUCAACCACUGAAUCUGAAUACUCCAAAUGUCAGCCGUAAUGCCGGUUCGGUCACGCCUGCGUCAAAUGAUCGCCUGCCAUUUCCGGCUUCGAAAUUGCAUGAGUUAAGCACAACACGUCAAGCAAACAAUGUUCCAGACGUAGCAGAGGAGUCGAGUGAUGAUGAACAUUUUCCUGGAGCCGAAACACCCGAGGCAGAAUCAGAGACAGAUGCGGAUGACGAUGCCGACACUGGUACGAAGAAACGAAAAGGCCGCCCCAACUCAGCAGACACACAACCAAGAAAACGGAGGAAGAAAAAAGGAACAGGCGCUCGUGGUGGGUGGAGUAAAGGAAUGAAACUGGGACCCAGGUAUGCCAUAGAUCCUGGUGCUGAGUUCAAUCAACUACACAAAGAAGCCAAUGAUGCUUUCAUUGACCAGGAUACCGAAAAUGCUCUCGAUCUCAUUCUCAGCGCUAUCGCCAUCAACCCCGAAAUUUACGCAGCUCAUUCGCUACUGUCCGAAAUCUACUUUACACGAGGUGAAGAUCACAAGGCCAUUGCUGCUCUCUUUACUGGUGCACACAGUAUUCCCACAGAUCCAGACGUGUGGGAAAGAGUGGCUCAUGCAUGUCUGGAACAUGCAACUGGUGACAAGCAGAGAGCACUACAGCAGGCCAGUUACUGCUAUUCGUGUAUCGUGCGGAACGAUCCCAAGAACUUCGACGCUCGUUUCAAACGUGCCACAAUAAGCAAACAGAUCCAAAAUUACAGAAAAGCAACGACGGACUGUGAGACUAUCCUCGAACAUAUGCCUCGCAACUCAAGUGUUUUGAGACUGCUUGCUGAAAUAUGUAUUGAGACGAGAGAUCUCGACAAGGCAAAGGCCAUGUACGAGGAGACACUGGAUUAUUACCGCGAAAAUGGUUUCGAGGGCGAGGAAGACUUUACGUGGGCCGAUGUGCUCGUCUACGGUCAAUUACUAGCACAAGAGGAACCUCCGGACCUGGCAUUGUCAAACGCCAUGUCGACGCUGAAAAGAUUGUCGCGAUGGCUUCUGGGCAGACAAGAUGAAUCCUACUGGGACGAAUACACGGAAGACGACAGAGAAUGGGAUUCCGAGGAUGAUCCGCGAAGAAGUCUUGCUGCUCAAUUCGUCCCUGGCAAAUAUUCACUCGACGCGUAUGGUACUGGGCUUCCAUUAGAGCUCCGCGCUCGACUAGGCAUACUUCGUCUGAAGCAGGACAAUAUGUUGGAAGAAGCUCUUGCACACUUUGAAUGGCUUGAACCAGAUGCCAGAGAUGAAGAAGCGAAUGUCUUUGAAUACCCUGAUUUGUUUCUCGAAGUUGCCCAGGCAUUGCAUGAUGCUGGGGAAUACAACCAAGCACUGCGGUAUCUGGAAACAUUGAAAGAUAUCAAAGCUUAUGAGCAUAGUGAGUUUUGGGUCCUCAUUGCCGAGACCUCGUAUCUCUGUGGAGAUAAGGAACAAGCCAUGGACUGUUAUGAUGAGGCCAAAGCAGUGGACGAUGAGUGUAUCGAAGCCAGAACUCAGCUGUCAAAGAUGUAUGCCGACCUUGGUGAUAAGGAGCAGGCUAUGGAAAAUGCUCGAGAAGCGGUUCGCAUUGUGGAGGACACGAUGCCAACGACGGACAAGCGCAAGUAUGAGCGAAAGGAACACAGAUUGGCUCGUGAAGGCGCUGAAAAGGCAUUGAAAGCAGCAUACAAGAUGCAAGGAACGGUGACCGUGGCUCCUCCAGUCAAUGAGCUUGAAGCCAAGUUACAGGAACCACCGAAGAAGAGAACUUGGAAGACGAAGAAGACCUUGGCACGAGAAGCAGCUAGAGCAGCAGCUCUUGAGGCAGCACAGAAAAGUCUGGAGCGAAGUGUCGAAACGCAAGAAGAUGCAACUCCAGCUACUGAACCCGAACAGAAGCAGGAGCCAGUCAAAAGAGUCGCAAAAGCUCGACCAGCGCCUCUUCCCAAGCCGAAGCGUAUGACAGCGGAGGAAAGAGAUGCACACCGUACAGAAACCAUUAACAGACUGUACCAAGAUCUCGUCGACAACACAGAGGAUAUGCGAACUGGAGACGAAAUUGCUCGAAACACAUGGAUGGAUUGUGCAGACUCACUCAUAAUCGACUUCAGAACCAAUCGCACGUUCUACCCCAAAGAAGCUCAUCAGGCGUCUACCAUGUACGAUCGUGAGGUUCGCAAUGCCAAUUCUCGCAAGAAAUGGGAGCAGCACCAAGAUACAGAUCAGGUUGACCAAGACUUUCCGAUCCCAACAGUCGAGUCGGCCAUGCCAAAGGAGUACCGAGAAAUCGCAUUCUCGGAUUGGCUUGACGUCUUUCUCGAAUAUGCAUUACUCCUGGCCAAUGACCCGGACCCGGAUGCACAACGUCGAUGCUACACCAUCAUCAAAGGUGCAUCGGAUUGUGUGGUUUGGUCUAAUGACCAGAAAGCGAUGCUGCAGAUCUACAUCACCUACUUCACCUGUGCGAUUGCAAUGCGCGACACGAACACCCUGUUCAACGUGGUGCUGAGAUGGUUCAUUCAGACAUACAAGUUCUGUACAGACACUUAUCGACUAUUCGCCGCUCUGAACUUCUUUUUCCCGUACGCCAGCGACAAAGGUGGAAAGGAAAACCAGAUGUCUAAUGCUCAUUUUCGGACUGGUCCAGCGCAAAAGUUCAUGUUCAGACAGAUCAUGACACACGAUGCGAAUUUGCCAGAAGACUACACUCCUGACGGUUUUGGAGGUGUACCAGAAUUCAUGCGCAUUGCGAAGUACCAAUUACAGCAAGACGGUGAUGGUCAAUUCGCCGGCGACAUUAGCACUCCCGAAGAGAUGGAUGCCGUGCUGCUGACGCUAUAUGCUCAUAUUCUCUAUGCUGGUGGGAGUUUCCCAUCUGCGUUGUCGUACUUGUUUCGUGCGCAUUCUUUGGCCCCCAAGAAUCCUGUCGUCUUGCUCAGCAUUGCACUGAGUUACAUGCAUGAAUUGCUGAAGCGACAGAUUGACAACCGACAUAUGUACUUAUUGCAAGGAUGGGCUUUCUUCGAAGAGUAUGCUGACGCGAGGCGCGAGUGGGCCCAGGCAAAAGACGACAGUGAGUUGCUGGCGGUCAUCGAGCGAGAGAUCGAAUACAAUCGCGCUCGGUGCUGGCAUAUGUUGGGCAUGUCGGAUCUGGCCAUCAGAUCGUACGAAAAGAUGCUCUCUAUUGGUGAAUCUGCUGAUUACACCAUGGAAGCGGCGUAUGCGAUCCAAACGAUCUAUGCAUUGAGCGGCAAUGCCAUCAUGGCCAGAGAAGUCACGGAAAAGUAUCUCGUCGUUUGA